AUGUCGAAGCUCGUUGAACUUGGAAAACGACACAUCGCCAAAGGGAUUAGCCGUGGUACCGACUUGGUGAUUGAAAAAGCCAAAGGUCCUUAUGUGUGGACGGUGGAGGGUAAAAAGUAUCUGGAUUUGACCACCGGUAUUGGUGUGACCAGCACAGGACAUUGUCAUCCUACGGUGGUGAAAGCCGUGCAAGACCAAGCGGCGCGGAUACCACACGGUCAAGUCAACAUUUUCUUCCACAAGCCAAUGUUGGACUUGAUUGAAACAUUGAAGCCUCACAUGCCAUCGAAACAUCUGGAUACAUUCUUCUUUUGGAAUUCAGGCUCGGAAGCCGUCGAAGCCGCUGUCAAAUUGGCAAGACACGCUACGAAAAAGCAAAACAUUAUUUGUUUUCAAGGCUCCUACCAUGGCCGCACAUUUGGUGCCAUGGCUCUCACCACCUCAAAGUCCGUUUAUUCGGCCGGAUUUGGUCCCUUGAUGCCUGGCGUGCAUUGUGCACCUUACCCUUAUGUCCAGCAUACAGCCGCUCACGUCCAUGAUCCUUCCAAAUUUACCCCCGAACAGUGCGCCGAAGAUUGCUUAAACCAGUUGGAAAUCCUACUCAAACAAAGAUGCGCUCCCGAAGAUACAGCCGCCAUUAUCAUUGAACCCGUCUUGGGCGAAGGCGGUUAUGUGGUGCCACCCAAAAAUUUCAUGAAGGGUUUGAGACAAAUUUGUGAUGAGAACAACAUUUUAUUCAUUGCGGAUGAAGUUCAGUCGGGCUUUGGACGAACGGGCAAAAUGUUUGCCAUUGAACAUUUUGGCGUGACACCGGACAUCAUGGUGAUGGCCAAAGGCAUUGCAUCCGGUUACCCUCUGUCGGGUAUCGUCUCGCGAAAAGAACUCAUGGAUACACAACCUCCAGGAAGUAUGGGUGGCACAUACGCUGGCAACGCUGUUGCAUGCGCAGCCGCUACAGCCACGUUGAAAGUGUUCAAAGAAGAGAACUUGCUAAAGAACUGCCACGCAAGAUCUGAACAAUUCUUCUCUGCACUGCGAUCUCGUAUUCCUGCGCUUUUGCCAAAGGGCGUGCGCGCAGAUGUUCGCGGUUUAGGCUUGAUGAUUGGCGUGGAGUUUCUGGGGGUUCAAAAAGGAUUCGCAGCGCAAGUCGCUCAAGAAGCCUUUCAUCGCGACACGCUGAUUCUGACCGCUUCGAUUUUCGAAACCCUCCGCAUCAUUCCACCGCUGAACAUCACCGAUGAAGAAACGGAUCUCGCCGUGGAACGCAUUGUUUCCAGCAUUGAAGCCGCCCUCACUUCCAGUCACUAG